GAGUCGCAAAGCAAAUAGAGUGAGUGAUGUUGUCGGAGUUAGACGAUAUAGAUUUAGAGGCGGCGGACUUCCACUCCUCACUGCCGCUGAAGAAGGUUCCUUACGGCGACAUUUUCGAGGCCUCCCGCGCCGGCGACGUGGGGCGCCUCCGCUAUCUGUUGGAGUCAGGCGUCAACGUCAACGCCCGCGACCAAUGGGAUUCCGUCGCCCUCUACUACGCUUGCCUCGCCGGCCAUCUCGAUGCCGCCCGGAUGCUCCUCGAGAGCGGAGCCAUCUGCUCCGAGCACACCUUCGACGGCGACCGCUGCCACUACGCCGCCCUCAAUCUCAAAGUGCGCAAGUUGCUCAAGUCCUUUGAGGCCCGCCCGCCGCCUCUCCAACCUCUACAGGCCGCGCUCAGAGACACUUUCUUCUCCUGCCAAGCCAAUCACUUUCACUUCAAUUUCACUUCUCUUCUACCAGGUCAUUCAUCACAAGGCGAGUCCAGUUCCUCCUACUGCCCCCCCGAUAUUGUAUUCUACGUGCAAGGAAGACCUCUUGAAGCUCACAGGCUCAUCUUGGCUGCCCGAUCGCCCUUCUUCAAUAAAAAAUUUCAGACCGACUGGAAACAAAGAAAUGAAGUUCGAUUUUCACGGGAGAAGCUUUCUUAUCCCUCUCUUUUUAGCCUUGUCCACUUCUUCUAUUCUGAUAGACUAGAGGUUGCUGUUGAUGACAUGGAAGAUCUUGUUAGGAUUUGCAAAGUUUGCAAGUGCCACUCUCUACAGACUCUUCUUGAGAAAGAAAUGCAUCAUCAAAAACAUGCAGACUACAAAGCUCUUACACAAAUACAAGACUCUCAGAAGAGGUUCAUCUUGCAGGGCAUUUCGCUUCCUGAAGAAGAUCGUCUCCCUGCUGCAUUAAAUCGAAUCCUCCAAAUCUCUCUUGCCAAUUCACCCAGAGGACAAGGCAUUGAUACGGAGGACCUUGCAGAUGUUUGUGUGAGAGUUGAGGAUAAGAUAUUCCGAUGCCAUCGAGUUAUCUUAGCUUCACGAUCAGAAUACUUUAAGGCCAGAUUAUCCCGAAUAAAAGAUUUCAUUCAAGGCACUGACCCUUUACCACAGCAGUCUCUUCCUUGUCUUGAUGAACAUGACCUAAACGCAGAGACUUUCCAGAAAAUGAUUGAGUAUAUGUAUACUGAUGGUCUAGUAGAGAUAAACCCUGACCAGGCAGAAGAAAUGUUUGAUGCUGCUUCAAGAUAUUUGUUAUUUCCUCUUAAACGGCCAGUUGCAGACGCUCUUCUGCCUCAGUUGGAGAUGGUUUCCCCUGCAGAAUUAUGUCAUUGGUUGCUAUUAGCUGACAUGUACGGUGUCUUAAAGAUACGUGAAUACUGCUUAGAUGCUAUAGCGCUCAACUUUGAAACUUUUGCUGAAACUCGUGAGUUUCGGGCAAUGCUUUUGACUCUGCCGCCUCCAUCCGGAGAUUCUUCACUUCGGACAACAGCUCCAAGUGCACCGGGAGCUGAGGUAAAUGUAGUAGAAGGAAAUAUCCUUGAUGAUUUGCGUGAGAAAUGGCUUGAGGCUGAAGGUGCUGAGCUAGACAAAAGAGAUGAAAGUGCAUUGCUUUUUGACAAGCGCCUUGAUAUGCUCAUGCUUGUGGCAAAGCAGGAGAAAUCAGUCGAACAUGAAGAUAAUGUUGACUCUUCUCCAGAGACUCUGUCCUCCUCCUCUGUUGUCAUCAAGUCCGAGGUGCUUGAAAGAUAGAUUCUUGUGCUUUUAUUCAUUCCAAUGGAUUCAUACGAAUAUUAAUGAUUUUACUAUGAAAAGGAAAUACAACAUAAAAUUGUCUAA